CACGUGACCCACCGGGUCACAUGGCUCGCGGGACAACAUGGCUGCGCCCGCACUAGGGCUGGUUUGUGGACGCUACACUGAGCCGGGUCGCGUCCUCUUGCUGCUGCUGCUCUCGCUGCUGUGUGGAGCGGCAGGGAACGAGGAGGCCGGGACCAAUGCGGGCGCGGGGUCCCUUGCGGGUUCUUGCGGCUGCGGCACGCCCCAGCGGCCUGGCGUCUAUGGCAGUUCGGGAGCCGCUCACCGAUACUCGCGGGAGGCUAACGCUCCGGGCCCCGUACCCGGAGAGCGGCCGCUCGCGCACUCAAAGAUGGUCCCCAUCCCUGCCGGAGUAUUUACCAUGGGCACAGAUGAUCCUCAGAUAAAGCAGGACGGGGAGGCACCUGCGAGGAGAGUUACUAUUGAUGCUUUUUACAUGGAUGCCUAUGAAGUCAGUAAUGCUGAAUUUGAGAAGUUUGUGAACUCAACUGGCUAUUUGACAGAGGCUGAGAAGUUUGGCGACUCCUUUGUCUUUGAAGGCAUGUUGAGUGAGCAAGUGAAGACCAAUAUUCAACAGGCAGUUGCAGCUGCUCCCUGGUGGUUACCUGUGAAAGGCGCUAACUGGAGACACCCAGAAGGGCCCGACUCUACUAUUCGGCACAGGCCGGAUCAUCCAGUUCUCCAUGUCUCCUGGAAUGAUGCGGUUGCCUACUGCACGUGGGCAGGGAAGCGGCUGCCCACGGAAGCCGAGUGGGAAUACAGCUGUCGGGGAGGCCUGCACAAUAGACUUUUCCCCUGGGGCAACAAACUGCAGCCCAAAGGCCAGCAUUAUGCCAACAUUUGGCAGGGCGAGUUUCCGGUGACCAACACUGGCGAGGACGGCUUCCAAGGAACUGCGCCCGUUGAUGCCUUCCCUCCCAAUGGUUAUGGCUUAUACAACAUAGUGGGGAAUGCAUGGGAAUGGACUUCAGACUGGUGGACCGUUCAUCAUUCUGUUGAAGAAACGCUUAACCCGUGGGGAGAGAGGCUGCAAAACUUGAGGCCCUCGAAUGAGGCACCUCAAAGAAGAUUGUAGUUGCUUAUCUCACACCUCAGCAAGAAACCAUGGAAAGUUCCCUGAAGGAAGUGAAACAAUUUGGGAUGGAGAAGCUCCAAGAUGAAAGGAUUUGGACAUGUGUCCACCAGCUCACAUCAAAUGUUUGGCAGGGAAGGACCUUAUAAGGUCUCUAGAGGAGCACAAAUGAGGGAACUCAGGCCAGGAGGGAAAGAAUGGAGCCCAGACUAGAUACUGGUUCUCCCAACUACCUGGCCUAUACGGUGGGUCCCCUGGUGAUGCCUUCUGCCUGGGCUCAUCCUGUGGAGUCUCUGCAGGUUAUUUUGCAGGCACUUUCUACUUGCAAUCUCUUGUAAGACUUUUUAUUGUGUGCUUUUAGGCCUUGUGAAACUUGUGAACUAUAGAGAGGUUUGUGUGUCUGAAACUAGAAUAGUUGGAUGAUUUAUUUGAAAAAUGUGAUAGUCUAUGAGUUAGCUCAGAAGGGGCACAUGGCAGAAUGGCUGAGUAUGAUGCUGAAGCCAGACGUCCUGGCCUUCAACCUGGCUCCUCUGCUUACUAGCUGAGUGACCUUGGGCACACUCUUCAACUUCUCUGUUCCUUAGUUCUUUAGCUGUAAGAUAAGGCCAAUGAGUGGGUGUCCAAACAUUCCUGGUUUGUAUCUGUGCCUGGCACAAGUGUUAAUAGUGCCACCUUUCAAUCUCUAAAGUAUGCUUAUUUGGAUGAUCAAUUAUAUGUCUGCCAUACCAAUAAGAGAAUCUAUAUCAAAAAUUUGUUUGGAAGACUAAAAAUAUAGAAAACAAUACCCAAUUGUAACGUGCUCAGUAAAUAUUAGCUGCUAUUGUUUAUUUAUGUGCUGUUUAUUUUACAAGUAGACUAGUAUUUUAAAUACCCAAUUUCAUGUAUUACUCCAGGAGCAAAAACUGUUACCACAGACUUUGGGGUCUGAAAGUGACUUAUAUUAUUGGAAAAUGAGGAGCUACCAAGGUAUAAGCAAGUGUAAUACAAUUUCAAAAAGUCUCUUCCUUUCUAAUCUGGCGUGGGUGAAACAAGUAGCAUGGAGGAAAUGACUGUUUUCAUUCAUUUCACUAAAAUGGUAAUCACCUCAAUGGCAUGCUGGUUUUACAGAGAAAAUACAGUGGAGGUUGCUAAUUUGGUUCGUGUGUUUUACUGCACUGUUCUUUCCAAUUUGAUCUCGUUUUCUUUCUUUGACCUUUCUUUGGGUGUCACCUUUUCCUCUCGCAGGAGAGGCUAGUUGCAGUCCCUUCUUCAUUGAUCCUUGUCUCCAGAAAUAAAUAAAAUUAAA